AUGGGUACGACUGCUAAGUCUACAAACUCUCUUGCUUUCUUCUUCAAUCAUUAUUCUCAUGUAAGGCUUGCUUUCCAUGCUCUAAAUUUUCAUUAUUAUUGUCGUAGUUUUAGUUCUACCAUUAGUGGUAGAGAUAAUGUGGAAAGCCCCAAUCAGUUCUUGAAAUCUGUGAGAGAUAGAUGCAGGCCUCGUAGCUUUAGGAAUCUUGAUGAUGCCUUGGGCGUGUUUGAUAGAAUGCUUCACAUGCACCCUUUGCCUUCCAUUGUGGAUUUUACUCAAUUGCUGAUUGCAAUUGCGAGAAUGAAGCAUCACUCAACUGUUAUUACUUUGAUUAAAGAAAUGGAACUGUCAGGAAUUGCUCCCAUUACUUAUAUUCUGGGUGUUUUGAUUAAUUGCUUCUGUCAUUUAAACCAGGUCGAGUUCGGUUUCUCUAUCUUAGCAAGAAUUCUGAAACUUGGUUUUGAACCCGAUUGUAUAAAUCUAACAACUCUUGUCAAGGGGCUCUGUCUACAGGGUAGAAUUGUUGAAGCUGUGAAGUUGGUUAACAAAAUGGAGAAGAUGGGCUACAAACCUGAUAUAAUUACCUACGGAACGAUAAUGAAUGGUUUUUGUAAAAUAGGCAAGACCAAUGAAGCUAUUCGGUUGUUUAGAAAGAUGGAAAAAAGAAAUCUUGACCUUAAUGUAGUGUUGUAUAAUACAAUCAUUGAUAGUUUAUGUAAGGACAGAUUGGUAACUGAGACUUUGAAUUUUUUCUCUGAAAUGACAAGUAAAGGAAUUCGGCCAAACAUUUUCACUUACAAUUCUUUAAUUCAGGGUCUAUGCAAUUUCGGUCGGUGGAAAGAGACAACUAAAUUAUGGAAUGAGAUGGUGGAAAGGAAAACCAUGCUUGAUGUGUGUACAUUCAACAUAUUGGUUGACGCAUUUGGUAAAGAGGGGAAGUUGAAAGAAGCAAAUCAAGUUUUUGAUGUGAUGAUUCAGAGAGGCGUAGAGCCUGAUACAAUCAUGUACAAUUCUUUGAUUGAUUCUUACUGUUUGCAAAAUAGAAUGGAUGAAGCUGUCAAAGUAUUUAAUACGAUGGUUCGAAAGAGUUGUUCGCCUUCUAUUGUUAGCUAUAACAUAUUGAUCCAUGGAUAUUUUUAA